UUUUUGUUUGAGACAAGAGUUUUGCUCUGUUCCCCCAGGCUGGAGUGCAGUGAGGUGAUCUCAGCUCACUGCAACCUCCGCCUCCCGCUUUCAAGCGAUUCUCCUGCCUCAGCCUCCCGAGUAGCUGGGAUUACAAGUGCGUGCCACCACGCUCAGUUAAUUUUUGUAUUUUUAGUAGAGAUGGGGUUUCACCAUGGUGGUCAGGCUGGUCUCGAACUCCUGACCUCAGGUGAUCCACCCGCCUUGGCCUCCCAAAGUGCUGGGAUUAAAGGCGUGAGCCACCGCGCCCAGCCUUAAAUGUUGGUUAAAACAAAUUUGUGAAAAGAAGUGAAGAGGCCCUGCCUGCCAGGAAGAGACGUGGUAGGGCGUAGCAUCUAGUCAGGACAAGGCACCACGUCCCCUCCUCGGAAACCCUCACGGCCUGGCUGGUGACCCUGGCGCCACAGAGACGGCACACCUGGCUCCAGGCAGCACAGAGGCACUGCCAAGGUCCUAGAGGAGGCUGGCAGGAUAUAGGUUGUCCUGUGCUUAACUUGAAGCAGAUGUGCCCUCUGUGAACCGGGGAAUGGGGACGGCCUACACAGGGCCACUGCGUGCAACAGCGCCGGGCCAGGGCUAAGGAACAGGCAGAGCCGGCGCCCAGGUGACAAGAGCUCUGGCGAUGGGCCCGCAGGCCCCAGCAGUUCCCUCAUAGAGGCCACGCGGUGCAACACCUGCCACUGGAAGCGGGGCUUCCGGGGGUCCUGGGGCAGCUGGGGCCGACAGGGCGUCGCCCUUUGCCCUCUGACCCCUGCCUUUUGCGCCCCCGCUGGCGCUCCCUGGUUCUGUGAGGAACCUGGCGGCGGCGUCGCAGGCGUAGCCAGUCAGUUUGUGCUUGGUCGCCAGAGGAGGCGGUGGCUGAGGAGAGUUGAGUCCACUGCUGACCCUGUUGUACGGUAGGAGGCACGGCUAGCUCUAAAUGGGCAAUUUACUUAGUAAAUUUAGACCCGGGUGCCGCCGCCGGCCCCUGCCAGGGCCAGGGCGUGGCGCCCCCGCUCCCCUGUCCCGGGACGCCUCCCCGCCCGGUCGGGCUCACUCUGUACCCACCCCGCGCCCUUUCCGCGGCCUGUUCCGCCGGAACGCCCGUCGCAGGCCUUCACCAGCCAGCAUCUUCGUCGCCCCUAAGAGGCCGUGUCCUCUCCCUCGGGCUGCGGCCGCCCCUCUGGGGGUCCUGCCGGCUGUGGGUUGGGGGCUGGCCACCAGGAAGACACCCAUGCUGCCUGCUCCGAACCCCCCGAGGUUUGGACACCCCAGUUCCGUAAGGAUCCCUCCUCCCAGCCGCAUGUUCACUCUCCUGCUGCCUUCACCACGUGAGCCGGCGGUCAAGGCCAGGAAGCCCAUCCCAGCCACUCUCCUGGAGGAGACCGAGGUGCGGGCCCAAGAAGGGCCCAGAAGAGUGAAGAAGGAUGAGGAUCCGGUGCAGAUCGAAGGGGAGGAUGACGAGAAAAGGACCCCCCUUAGCAGCGGAGAAGCAUCGUCCACAUCCAGGUCCCAGGGCACCCAGGGAGACGUGGCCUCCUUCAGAUGCAGCCCUGGGCCUCUGGAGGGAAAUGUCUACCGCAAGUUCUCAGAAAACAGCAUGAGUGAGAAGGCCCAGGCGUCUCCAGCGAGCUCCUGCUUGGAAGGCCCUGCCAUGCCCAGCACACACAGCCAGGCCGGAUGUGCCCGGCAUCUUGGAAAGCCUGAUCCGGAUGCAACAGCGCCCCCUGAGCCAGCCGUUGGCUGCUCCCUGCUGCAGCAGAAGUUGGCUGCGGAAGUGCUGAAUGAAGAGCCACCGCCCAGCUCCCUAGGCUUGCCGAUUCCGCUGAUGUCCGGAAAGAGGAUGCCUGAUGAGAAGCCUUUCUGUAUUCCUCCAAGGAGCGCUGCUCCUCCCAGAGCUGCCCGCAACAGGCCCUGCAAAAGGAAAAUGUCGAUUCCAUUGCUGCUGCCGCUGCCCCCUUCACUGCCAUUGCUGUGGGAUCGAGGUGAGCUUCCCCCACCUGCUAAGCUCCCCUGCCUGUCUGUUGAGGGAGACCUACACACCUUGGAGAAGAGCCCUGAGUAUAAAAGGAAUAGCAGAAUCUUGGAGGAUAAAACAGAGGCCAUGACAAACAGCAGCAUCACCCAGCCUGCCCCUUCUUUCUCCCCACCUGUGGAGACCACAGACUCCCUGCCCCUGACCACUUACACUUCCCAGGUCUCAGCUCCUUUGCCCAUCCCUGACUUGGCUGACCUGGCUACUGGACCCCUCAUCCUGCCUAUCCCUCCACUUUCCACCACACCAAAAAUGGAUGAGAAAAUAGCAUUCACAAUCCCUAACUCUCCUCUGGCUCUUCCUGCUGACCUUGUUCCCAUUUUGGGUGAUCAGUCUAAUGAGAAAGGAGGCUCUUAUCAUUCAGUCGUAGGAGCAGCGCCUCUCACUUCUGACCCCCCAACACCUCCUAGCCCCGCACCCUCCUUCAAGCCUCCCGUCACAAGGGAGUCCCCAAUAUCUAUGUGUGUGGAUUCCCCUCCUCCUCUUUCCUUCCUGACUCUUCUUCCAGUCCCUUCCACCGGGACCUCAGUUAUCACCAGCAAGCCUAUGAAUUCCACGUCAGUCAUUUCCACUGUCACAACAAACACAUCUGCCCACCUAACCUCACAGACUGCGGUAGACCCUGAAGUAGUUAAUAUGGAUACUACUGCCCCAUCUCAGGUUGUUAUUUUCACAUCUUCCCUAAGCUCCAGAGUGAGCUCUCUCCCAAAUUCCCAAAUACAUUGCAGUGCAGAGCAGAGGCACCCGGGAAAGACAUCAGUCUACACAUCCCCACUUCCAUUUAUAUUCCACAAUACCACCCCAAGUUUUAACCAACUCUUUGGAAAAGAAGCCACCCCUCAGCCCAAAUUUGAGGCUCCUGAUGGGCAGCAGCAGAAAGCUUCUCUCCCCAGUGCCUGUGUUUUCCUGAGCCUUCCCAUCAUUCCUCCUCCAGACACCUCCACUUUAGUGAACAGUGCCUCUACAGCAUCAUCAUCCAAACCUCCCAUUGAAACCAAGGCUAUGCAUACCACUCCUCCUUCCAAGGCUGUCAUCUUGCAGUCUGCCUCUGUCUCCAAGAAGUACCUCCCAUUUUACCUGGGGCUUCCUGGUUCUGGGAACACACAACCCAGCGGCAACACUGCCUCAGUCCAAGGCUCCACCAGUUUGCCUGCACAGUCAGUCAGGGCACCAAUUACAGCUUCCAACCAUCCUUUAAAUCCAGGAGCCACCCCUCAACCCAAAUUUGGGGCCCCUGAUGGGCCGCAGCAGAAAACCUCUCUCCCCAGUGCCCAUGAUUUUCUGAGCCUUCCUAUCAUGGUUCCUCCAGACACCUCCACUUUAGUGAGCAGUGCCUCUGCAGCAUCGUUAUCCAAGCCUGCCAUUGACACCAGUGACAUGAAUACCACCCCUCCUUCCAAAACUGUCAUCUUGCAGUCUACCUUUGUCUCCAGGAAGGAGGAGUACAUCCGAUUUUAUAUGGGGCUUCCUGGUUCUGGGAACACACUACACAGUGACAGCAUUGCCUCAGCCCAAGUCUCCACCAGUGUUCCUGCACAGGCAGAUAGGAGACCAACCACAACUUCCAGCCAUCCUUUAAAUACAGGAUCCAUCUCUCAUUCCACACUUGGGGCCACUGAUGGGCAGCAGAAGUCUGACAGUUCUUUUAUUCUGGGGAAUCCAGCAACCCCAGCACCAGUUAUAGGCUUACCAUCUCCUUCAGUCCAGCCACUGAGUGGCAGCAUAAUUCCACCAGGUUUUGCAGAGUUAACAUCACCAUAUUCUGCAUUGGGCACACCUGUUAAUGCUGAGCCAGUCGAGGGUCACAACGCAAGUGCUUUCCCCAAUGGCACAGGAAAGACUUCUGGAUUUAGAAUUGCCACUGGGAUGCCUGGCACUGGAGACAGUACCUUACUGGUUGGAAAUACUAUUCCAGGCCCACAAGUGAUUAUGGGACCUGGAACCCCUAUGGAUGGUGGGAGCGUUGGGUUCAGCAUGUCUGCCCCAGGCCCCAGUUCCACAUCAGGAGAACUCAACAUUGGACAAGGACAGAGUGGGACACCCAGCACCACUUCUAUUUUCCCAUUUGGUCAGGCAGCCUGGGACCCAACUGGCCACAGCAUGGCUGCUGCACCACAAGGGGCUAGCAACAUUCCUGUAUUUGGAUAUACUUCUGCUGCCACCUACAUUCCUGGUUUAGACCCACCUACCCAGAAUUCAUGCAGUGGUAUGGGAGGGGAUGGCACCAGAUCCAUAGUUGGAGGCCCUUGUGUUCCUGCUUUUCAACAGUGCAUCCUGCAGCGCACAUGGACAGAGAGAAAAUUCUACACUUCAAGCACCCACUACUAUGGACAAGAAACAUAUGUUAGGAGACAUGUCUGUUUCCAACUUCCGUAAGAGCACCUGUGGUUCACCUGAUCACACCACAUCAGUUGUGGUUGUAAAUACCAGCAUUAUCCUUUUGUAUGGUCAUGCUUCUAGUUUCAUCUUCAUGCCAAGCACCUGCCAUGUACCUCUCCAGAACUCAGGUUGUGCACCAGGAGGGGACAACAACAUCCCUGUGCUCCCUUUCUCCAUCAGUACACAUGGGUCCCACCUGGACAAAACACAGGUGGUGCAUCUGCAGUGAAUGGCAACAUACCUUUAAUUAGAGGCCCUUGUGUAUCCACCUACCAACAAAGUACCUAGGGCCCACCUGGACAAAACACAGAUGGUACCUCUUCCAGGAGUGUCAACAUUCAUUUGAUAGAAGGCCCUCAUGUGCCCAUGUAUCAGCAAAGCACCUGGGGCCCACCUGGACAAAGCACAAACCAUGCAAUGAGGGACAGCAACACAACGGCUGUGACUGGUUGUACUUUUGGUCCCCCAUUUACACAAAGCACCUGAGGCCCACCUGGCUAAAUGCAGGUGGUGCAAUAGGAGAUAGCCCCAGAUAUUUGUAGGGAGAAACCUCUAGUCUCCCUUUCAGUAAAAAUACUAUGGACCUGCCCAACCAAGGUGCUCCUUUUGACUUUAGAGGAACCAGCAUUGUUUUUGUUUUGGUUUGUUUGUUUGUUUGUUUGUUUGUGAGACGGAGCCUUAGCCCAGGCUGGAGUGUAGUAGCACAAUCUCGGCUCACUGCAACCUCCACCUCCUGGGUUCAAGCAAUUCUCCUGUCUUAGCCUCCUGAGUAGCUGGGACUACAGGCACAUGCCACCACACCUGGCUAUUUUUUAUAAUUUUAGCAGAGACAGAGUUCCACCUUAUUGGCCAGGCUGGUCUCAAACUCCUGACCUCAGGUGAUCCACCCACCUCGGCCUCCCAAAGUGCUAGGAUUACAGGUGUGAGCCACCAUGCCCAGCCUAGAGGAGCCAGCAUUGUUAGUUAAAUACUUGUGUUUGGAUGGUCCUGGUCAGAGCACCUGUGCCUGUGAUGGAAAGCAGCCACUAGUGACACUUGUACCUGCCAAGGCCUUCAUAGGAGCCACCAACUCAUUUUUUACUCCUAUCAGUGGUCUUAAGAAAUAAGCACUCUCCCUGCACGUACAGUUCUCAUAAAUUGACGUUGUUCCAGGAGGAAUGGGCUCAGUUCCCUCAAGGUUAAACUUAACCUGCUCUCUUCCUACAGAAGCUGGAGGCCCAAAACCACAGAGAGAGAGAGAGAGAGAGUGUGUGUGUGUGUGUGUGUUUGUGUGUGUGUGUGUAUUGGUGAGUGUGGAGCAGAUGAGCCCAGUCAGAACCGCACUGUAUUUUAGUGGUCUUCUGCACUGUGGAGGGUGGAGGAAACCUGUAUGUAUCAUCAGCUGUACCCUCUCUGGCUUGACUGUUAACUUGGCUGACCCUACCUCUGGGCCAGUUCUCUCUAGUCAUGGACAGAAAGGCAAAAUUCCUGACUUUGUGGACCCUAUAUUCUAGUUGAAGGGGAGAAAAGAAGCAACAAACAUGGAAAUUAUCUGGUAAAUUAGCCAGUAACGAAUGCUAUGAAAAAUAAAGAAGUACAUGGAGGAUUGAGAUUGUAGAUAGAAGCAGGUGUUUCAGUUUACACUGUGAACAAGCCUCACUGGGAAGGUAAAUUUAAACGAAGCCUAGAGAGAAGCAGUUGAGCCAGAUAUAUGAGCAAAGACCUAUCCAGAUAGUAGGAGUGGUCAUUGCAGAGGCUCAAAGGAAGGAUCCCUGGUGUCCUCACGGAGCAGUUAGUAAGGAAAUGUGGCUGGAAUGGAGUCAGCAAGUGGGAGGGAGGGAUAGAGAAGAGGACAGAGGAGAGAUGUGAGUGGAAUUCCUUCCUCCACUUUUUACUAAUUGUGUAAUAACAGUUGACUCAAACUUCAAAAGUCUCAAUGAAACCAGUACUUUUACUAUGGCCUGUUUAUCUCAUAAGAUUUUUGAAAGGAUAAAAUGAAAUAAUAUGGAGAAAUGACUUAUAAGCUUUUGUUGUAAUUUGUUAUAUACAUAGGGAUGCAUAGACGGAUGGAUAGAUUAGAUGAUAGAUAUAGAUAGAUAGAUAGAUAGAUAGAUGAUAACGUUAUGGACUGAAUGUUUGUGUCCCCCCAAAAAUUCAUAUUUUGAAGCCUAACUUCCAGUGUGAUGGUAUUAGGAGGUGAGGCUUUGGGGAGGUGAUUAGGUUUAGAUGAAGUCAUGAAAAUGAAACCCCCAUGACGGGAUUUGCGCCUUUAUGAGAAGAAAUACCAGUGCUUUCUCUAAUUGCCAUGUGAAGGUAUACCAACGAGAUAACAGUUUGUAAGCCAGGAAAAGAGUCCUCACAAGAAACAGAAUUUGUCUUUAUCUUGGACUUCCUAACCUUUAGAAUUGUAGAAAAUAAUUGAAUGUUGUUUAAGCUACCAGUCUGUGGCAUUUUUUGUAGCAAUCAGAACUGACUAAUAAAGAUAGAUAGAUGAUAGAUAGAUACAUAGAUAGAUGAUAGAGAUAGAUGAUAGAUAGAUAGAUAGAUAGAUAGAUAGAUAGAUAGAGAAUAUACAUAUAUAUGUAUGGUCAAUGACUGAGUUCCUUAGGCAAUGGUGCCCUGAUUGCCUUUAUUAGGCAAUUCAAAUAGAAGAAUAGAAGAACCCCCCUUUUUUUUUUGAGAUGGAGUCUUGCUCUGUCACCCAGGCUGGAGUGCAGUGGCGUGAUCUUGGCUCACUGCACGCUCCACCUCUUGGAAGAACCCCUUUUUAUUAGUAUAAAAGCACUUACUUUUAUGAAGCAAACACAUGUAAAAAUAUGAUAACAGAGACUAAAACAUUUAUGAGAUUAGGCCUGAAAGAAAACAAUCACAGAGAAAUUACUGAAUUCCUCUUGGCACCCUGGGGCCUGAUUCAUUCGCUCUAAAUUGUUUAGUACAGUUCCAGAGGAUCAAAGCUCCUGUUUCCUGGCCAGAUAAUCACCUAACUUUUGUAAUCAGAACUGCCUUUCAGAAGUAGAGUGGAAAUCCAGUUUUCUUCUAAUAGCCCUAUACCCUUGCAGUAUUACCAGGGACAAAUUUUUAAAAUUCAUACUUCUUGACAUUUUUUAAAAGGCUUCAAGCUAAAUAUUAUGAUCCUGGUAAGACAAACUUUGAAUAAAUGUGUGAGAGAUACAAAGAUAAUUUUUGUUUUCAUGUUUUGAUGUACUUACACAACUGAAACUAUUUCUAAAUAUUCUUUUAUUUUUUAUUAAGAUAAAAAGUGAACAUAAUAUCAAUUUGAAUAAUACUGAAAUUCAACCUUCCUACCACAGUUCCCUCCUCCAGAGAUAGUGUUUAGCUACUUUGAUGUUACUCCCAUAGUUCUGAGUUUGCUUUUUUACUUCAACUAUUAUGUUAUCUUACAGAUGUCAUUGUUUUUCCUAAAACUUGAAGUGCCUUCCUUUUUUUCUCCUUGAACUCUUUUCCCAUAAAAAAAAAGUUUUUGGUUUUCUAAAAUUUUCAAAUAGUAUUGUUUACUUGACUGAAUCCCUUCCUUUUCCAGAAACCUUGAGCCUCCUCCACUGGUUUGGGAGUGGUAAGACCAAAGUAAAUGUAAAAAGUAAAGUAGAGGUUCCUCUUCAAAGACUUUCCUCCCUAUCUAAUUAGAAAUAAGUAGUAACUUCUUUUAGAAGCAAAAUGUAUUCACAGACCUGUACUAACAUUCUUAAAUAUCUGCUAGUCAUAAUAAAGAAAUCAAUGUACUUUAUGUUCUUAGCUCCCACAAUUUAGCCUAAGUAUUUCCCCUGGCAAGCUUAUACUGGUCCAAGCAUUAGGUCAUAGCCUGUUCCUCUUCCUUAUUUGUAGGUGUUUUUACCUUUCUCAGCAUUCCACAAGUUACUUCCUCAUUCCUUUGUUCUCCUCUACCUUUGCCUCUUUUAAAAGUUCUAAAUUGCCAGCCAAUCGGGACAAAUACAGAAUGUGAGGUCCUGUUCCAGCCAAUGGAAACCGGACACAGCAGUAGGGUGGACGCGUCAGGUUAUAAAUGACCCAGUCUCCUUUGUUCGGUGUACUCUUGUGGCAAAACUGCUGGCAAGUGUACCCUUUCUGCAGGAAGUAAAAAUGGCCUUACUAAAUAAA